ACAAAACCCUAGCACGGGCACAGGGACAGAUUAUUCCCUCCUAGAUGCGACUCAAAGGUUUUCCUUCGAGAUACAUCGAACGCGUCAGCCGAAUAAAUUACAGCCGUCUGCUGACGAUGCACGCCACCAAGCACCGCCGGUCAGGGCGUUGCUGGCCAAAAAAAAAUGCGGAACGACCACAGCAGAUGCCGCGGGCAGCUGCCGACGACAAGACUCGCCUGCUCGACGACGACACCAUCAACGUGGUCGCUUCCUUCGCCAGCUGCCACGACCUGUGCGUCCUGGCGGAGGUUUGCCGGCGCUUCUCCCCCCUGCCGUUCUGCGACGACCUCUGGGAGCUGCGCGCCCUCGACAUCCUCCCCUCCGUUCCGCAGGUACACUCCGCCAUGUCCCAGCUCAAACUGACAUCGUUCCGUCAGCUAGUGGAAGCCUUCACGUUGAUCGGUAUACCGGGCGGCGUCCUCGGAUUCUGGCAAGCGGAGGCACCAACCCUUGCCUGGGACGUCCAGCAGCAGCAGCAGGGUGGCCUCGAUGGGACCACGGUUCAGCAGCCCGAGGCGCGAGGAGAACUGUUGAGGAUCACGCUAGAGGCGGGUGGAUUUCUGUGCGAAUCUAUCGCGCCUAGCGGCACCCGACGGCGCAUUUUCACCAUCCGAGUUUCCAAGACCCCGACCGGCCGCAUCAAGAUUGGCUUCUUCUGCUUGGAGAAGGAGUCCGCCCUCACCAUCGGCGGAGACAACGACAGCUGGGUGCCCGGAGACUCCAUGGCGGAGGCCCUGGCGCGCUACACCUUUGCCAUACCGGGAAGCACGAGGCGGACCCCGAUCCGCGCCUCGGGCACGAAGGCGUUCUUCCUCGAGCGCAACGACGGCCGCACCUGUCGUUACGUUAAGCUCACGGCCCCGCCAGCGUCCUCCCCGGGGGGGGCUGCCGCGGGGGCGGUCAAGAACCUGUGCGGGCUGUGGUGCGCGCCGUAUGGCAGUCACGGGCUGGAGAUCAUUCAGCUCUCGACGGACCCAUCUUGCUCCCCGAACGAGGAAACGGCGGCCGCGGCCGUAAAGGCAGCGACGGUCGUGAAGCUGUCUUCCCUCUCGCAGUCCUGGGCGGGCGGGAGAGGUGGGCGUCGAGGCUCCGUCUCCGGCUCCAGCACCAGCAGGGUGACGGACGGCAGCGAGAGCGUGUGCACGUCCACGCCCGCCACGGACGCGGACGGCAGCGAGGCGGACUCCUGCGACGAGGCGGGGGGUUCAUCAGAGGCGGCCGGCGGCGGCGGCGGCGGCGGUGGUGGCGGCGAAGAUGACAGCAGCGACGGGCACGGCGACAUCGAAAGCGUCCUCGACGACGGCUGCUUGGCCUCGAUCGCUAGGCGCAAAGGAAACAGCCUCCAUCAUGCUGACACUGCUACCGCCGGCAGCGGCGCCGGCGCCGGCGAUGCUAGCGUUCCCUCCCAGCUGUUCGGCUUCAAGGUGACCGGAGACGACAACGUCCCCGCCGGCAAGACCUCUUUCGUGAUUGACCUCUCGACGGACUUCGACGUCGACGAGGAGCUCCGGUCCGACUCGAGACCCGUCGUGACCUUCCUCCCCACAGGGGCCGUCAUGGCCAACCUGGCCAACAGGCGCCAGCAGAUCUCGUGCUGGCGCAAAGGCCGCGGACAGAUCAACCGAGUGCCCGGGCGGUGGUCGCCAGAGUGGGUGGACGUGGAGUUCGUCGAGUACAGAGCCGGGUCCCGGUGCGCGUUUUCCGUCAUCUUUCGGCAGCCCAACCAGGCGGUGAGGGUGGUGAUGGACUUCGAGAGGGCGCUCGGUUGCGAGGAGGAGUGGCCCCAGUGGUCGGCCGCCGCUCCCGCUUGCGCUGCUGCUGCUGCUGCUGCUGCUGCCUCGGACUCGCCGUCGACGUCUGCUGGCUCCGGGAGUAGCGUCGCAUCCAGUUUUGGUAUUGUUUUGUCGCAGCAGUAGUGCGGCAGCGUCGGUGCAUGAUGCUGUAGGCGGCGCUCUGCGACACCGCUUGGUUUUUGUAACCGCGGGCAGCCUUCAUUAGAGUGCCUCUCAUCUUGUUGAAGAAUUUUCGAGUAACUGGAGAUAUCGUGCUUGGGGCUUGUGUCGCUUACAAUGAGCCGGCAGCUUGGGGUCGAGUUGUUGUAGAUGGUAUUGUCCAUCAGCGAAGCAUCUGCUGCACCCUGCAGGGGCUCUCGGCUGUUUGAACGUCAAACCCUAAAGUAUCGUUUGUUUUGAAACAGCCUGGUUUUCGUGUUACUAGUCUAGAUUUGGUUCAAAAUGGCACCUUGUGUUUUUGAAAUGUAUACAUUUGUUCCGUGUGGAUCUCGUGUAUUUUGGUGGUAUGCGCGGCGCUCUCUGUAAGAAUCCCUCGUCUUCGUCCAUGCGGGAGGCUUGUUGUCGUGUAUCACAAUUUGUAGCUAACUGCGUUCGAGCGGUUGUGAGUGAUGUUGUCGUUGCUGUGUGUCAAGAGCUUUGUGAGUCGGGUGGCGUUUCUCUACCGAGGUUAUUCGUUUAUUCCAAGCCUUGUUUCCGAAGAACGAGAGCCGGCUGUGCUGCUGUACUAGGUGGUAAAAUGGCUGGAAAACUCUCUGUGUGGGUUGGGAUUUCGAAUCCCGGGGAAGGGCUUCUCGGCAUGCAGUAUGCAGCCUGGAGCUUGUAGUCUUAAUAGGCGAUCUAGAGUACACACGAAGGAAGGAUGUGCUCACCCCCUCUCGGGUUAAGAUAUUGAUUGACUCCUUGUCCGUAAGAGAGGCAAAAUCGACUCAGAUAUUUGUGUGAUACUUGCACACUGCUGUACCUUUGCCGUGGAAACGAAAUAAGAAAUCUCUUGACCUUCGAAAAAAAAACAGCAAUGAGAAUCUGGGUUCACGACGUGGG